CACACUUGAGAGCGCAUUACUUUCGUUAGAAAACGUGUGUGAUUUUUUAAAACGUAUUGAGUGCAAAGUUGAAAAUCCGGGAUGUCGCCGAAUUUGGAGGUGGUGGUUGGAACUUACGAGCAGUUCCUACUCGGUUACACGGUCGACGAUGUCGUCAACAAGUACAAAAUGGAGCAGAGUUUCGCUAUGCACAGUCAUCUUGCUAGCAUCAGAAGCGUGGCCAGUUCAAAGCACUACUUGGCCUCUGCAGCUGCAGAUGACACAGUUUGCUUGUAUGAUCUGCGCAGCAGAGCUGAAAGUGGCAAACUAGUGCAUCACAAUGAUACAAUCAACAGCAUUUCCUUCACCCCUGAUGGGUCGCACAUAAUGACGGCCAGCAGUGAUGGAAGUAUUGGAAUUGUUAGAUGUGGUAAUUGGCAACUUGAGAAACAUUGGCUAAAGCCUCACAAAGGUUCGUCAGUUGACACCUUGGCUAUCCAUCCCACGGGAAAAAUUGCCCUCACAACUGGUCACGAUGGAGUCUUGAGAACAUGGAAUCUGGUUAAAGGUAGACAAGCUUAUGCUACAAAUUUAGUACCCAGAUGGAAAGUGGAUGCCAAAAAUAUCAGUGUUUUGAAAUGGAGUCCCAGCGGUGUCAGCUACUUGAUUGCUGCCAAUAACAAAAUAGAUAUUUAUUCAGUGGAAACAGCAGGAAUCGAAAAGGAAAUAGACUUUGAGACUAAAGUAGCUUCUGUCGAGUAUCUCAAUGAUGAGUUCAUUGCUAUUGGCUUAGCUGAUGGGAAAAUCUGCAUUUUUGAUCUAAAAAAUGAAACUAAAAUUGAAUUCCAAGCCCACUCUGCUAGAGUAAAAUGUUUAGCCUGUAAUGGAGAGUUAUUGGUCUCUGCUUCGAGUUCAGGUGAAAUAAAAGUAUGGUCAUUUGAAAAAGAUAAACUCACAUUGUUGAAUGAAGUUAAUUGUAGUGCUAGAAUUUCUUGUAUGGCACUGACAUCUUGUCCAUACCUGAAAGUUAAAAAGUCUGAAGUUGUAGAAGUAGAAAAAGAAGUUGCCAAGAAUCCUGACAAAUCAAGAUUAAGACAGCAUGUGAUUAUAGAAGAGGAAGACACGAAACUGGUCAAAAACAAACGAAAUAGAAAAAAUAAACGUAAAUCAUUGGAAAACAAUAACAAUACCGAAAAUGUAUUGCAACCAAAAAAAUUGAAGGUUGACUUACCAAAACAAGUGGAAAAUAAGAAACGAACUGCUUCCAGUGAACCUAUUAAAAAGAUUAAAAAGAAGAAAACGGUCACUUUAAAUAACAAUAAAAGAAAAAACCGAGUGGAAAAUACAGGCGUAUCAACUAAAAAACAAAAAAUUUCCAAAAAUACUACGGGUACAGCUGUGAUGAUGAAGAAGAAGAAGAAAAAAACAACUUCCUAA